AUGUCCUCUCCAGUUCUUGCAUCUUUGACGGCGAAGAAGAGGAAAGCGGAAGAAGACAAUACAAAUGAUGAUUUUGACAUAAGGAAAGCAGUGGAGGCAGAUGCAGAAUAUGUUAAUCUUGAGCACUUUCGAAUCGGGGAUUUAAAAGGAUUUGAAUACCUUACCCAUGUUGUUGAACUUUGCUUGAGGAAUAAUUCAAUAAAGAACACUUCAGGAUUGCAAUGUCUUUCGGGAACAUUAAAAAAUCUUGAUCUUUAUGAUAAUAAAUUGAAGAAAAUUGAGAAUCUAGAUGACUUAACAAAACUAGAGGUUUUGGAUUUGUCCUUCAAUUUAAUAAGAAAAAUGGAAUGUAUUGGAAGUUUGACUCUGUUAAAGAAGCUCUACUUUGUUUCAAAUAAAAUUUCAAAAAUAGAAAAUUUGAACUCACUCACAGAACUUACUCUGUUGGAGUUGGGUGACAACAGAGUAAAGCACAUAGAAAAUCUUGAAUUUCUCAAAAAUCUGGAAGAACUUUACUUAGAAAACAAGUUGUCAAAAAUUGUUAAUUUUGAAUGCAUUAGUCAAUAUUAAAUACUUGCAUUGCAAAGCAACAGGAUUACUGUAAUGGAAGGAUUUGAAACACUCAUCAACUUAGAGCAAUUGUACAUCAGUCACAAUGGGAUUGAAGUUCUACAAGGACUUGAAAAGAAUGUAAAGCUUGACACUUUGGAUAUCGCAGGAAACAGAAUAAAAAGAAUUGAGAAUAUUAGCCAUCUCAAGGAACUUCAAGAGUUUUGGGCUAAUGACAAUCAGUUACACGAAUGGAAAGACCUUGAUGUUUUGGCACAGUGCACUAAACUAGAAACUGUAUACUUAGAACGUAAUCCACUACAGACUCAACAAGUUGCUGACUAUAGAAGGAAAGUUAUGCUGGCUUUACCAUCUGUGAAACAAAUUGAUGCUACCAUGGUGAAACUUUCAUAGCAUAAACUCUCAAACAUUCCAACAAGAAGCAUACAGUGCAUGAGCCAGGGGUUUUCUUCCUCAGAGGUUUUAUUCCUCUGAAGCUAAAUUUGUAAUUUUUUUUGCAUCAAUUAGAACCAAAAUCAUGAUUAAUGUAUAACAUAGUAUAUAUGGUCAAAAAGAUUUUGGAUGCUUCUCAUGGUCUCAAAGCCAUAAAACUAGUUUUUCUGAUGAAGUUGAAGCUACUAUUAAUUUUCAAUUAAAGCGUCAAACUUGGAUGUUGCUCACAUGGUAACACCUGCAUGUAAUCAAGGUUUAAAGUUUCACGAUGUCCAGUCUGUGCCAGAUGUUCGCUUUUAUAUCACUGAUGUUUUUCGAAAAUAUUCAUGUUAUGAUCGUAUAUUUUCUAUAUAAUGAAACACUGUAUCUACUGUUGUGAUUCAGCAUGAUCAAUACCACGUUUCAAGGCUAUAUUCACAUGAUUUGAAA